AUGGAAGUCAAGAAUAACCGACCUACGCUACAUGAUCCGCACGUUCCGCGCUUUCCAGUGAUUUAUAAGAACCCAACAUUUCAACAAGUGCGCGAUAAUGUGAGUCAGGGUGACAUAAUUCAAAGUGCUGUCUUGAGUGUUGCUUUCUUCCCGCUUGGAUACAUCGUUGCUCAACAAUUGGAUCGUAGUCUGGCGCGUUCUGGAAUGUGGUUUACGGGUCUUGUUGGCUCAGUUUGUAGUGUCAUGCUGGCGUACCAAAACUCGUCGCUACGUCUGCAAGGAUUUGGCCGCAACGACGCCGAAGUGGCACGAUUUCAAUCGAUUAAGAAAGAAGAUGACGAAAGUUUAGGGAACUCUUAG